AUGACAGUGAAAGCCCCUCAUGCCCCUUCAACAACACCCUCCGCGAUCAAGCAAUUCUCCAACUUCACCCGCACCGGGGCAGGCCUCGAGAAAACCCUCCGACUCAUCCAGGCCCUCGCAACCAUCAUCAUCGAAACCAGCAUUGACAAUGAAACAGUAAGGACCUGGUCAACCGCCAAGUCGCAAUUAGCGUUGACCCGCCGCUUCUUCCGCUUCUUUAACUUUCUCGAUUGUUUCGAGCAGGUGUUUGCGCUGCUAGGCAGUAGCAGCAGCAGUAGCAGUACCAGUUCCGCAGCUGAGGGGUUUCCGACAACGCUGAUUGAGCUCGGCCGGUGGACGUGCUUAGGGCUGUAUUUUGUGUUGGAGGAUUGUACUAUUCUCCAUGCGAUGGACGUCUACCCCGUGUCCUGGAAUGAGCCUGUUAUCGUUGAGGCGUACAAAUUCUGGUUCUACGCGUUGGCGUUGUCGAUUGUUGGGGCCUUGUGGGGGCUCGUGUUUGCUUCUUUCUCGACUUCUGCUUCUGCCGGUAAGGCGCAGCGGCAUGCGAAGAAGGGCAAGAGUAGCAAGGAGAGGCAGGCUGAGGGCUCCGGACCCCUCAUGAAGCGGAUUGUGGUUGAUGGAUGCGAUUUGUUGAUUCCUGGGGUAUUUUUGGGAUGGAUUCAGGUGAGUGAGGUUGUUGUGGGCAUGGCAAUGGUAGUGAGUACUCUGGUUGCGGGGAGAGAUAUUUGGAUCAAGGCUCAGCAAGCAUGA